CAGUGGGGGGGAGGGGAUCUGCAGCACCACCCCCCCCACGCCCCCCUUUCUCCUCAAUCCCCCUGCUGCGGGUGCAGCAGUGGGGGGGGGGUAUGGGGGUGGCGUGGUCUUGGAGGUUAAGGGGGUGGCAGGAAGGGAUCUGGAGCACCAGCCCCCCCGCCCCUUCUCCUCCAUCCCCCUGCUGCGGGUGCAGCAGUGGGGGGAGGGGAUCUGCAGCACCAGCCCCCCCGCCCCCCCCCUGUUCCUCCAUCCCCCUGCUGCGGGUGCAGCAGUGGGGGGGAGGGGAUCUGCAGCACCAGCGCCCCCGCCCCCCCCCUGUUCCUCCAUCCCCCUGCUGCGGGUGCAGCAGUGGGGGGGAGGGGAUCUGCAGCACCAGCCCCCCCGCCCCCCCCCUGUUCCUCCAUCCCCCUGCUGCGGAUGUUUUUCGUGCGACCUCCGGUCGCCCACGCAGCCCCUGCACCGCCCCCCCCCUUCUCCUCCGUCCCCCUGCUGGUCGUACAGCAGGGGGGGGGAGGGUAUGGGGGUGGCGGGGGUGGCGAACGACGGGUUCCUGCCCGUCGCGCACACGGCUGUUGCACGAGCAGCUUCUACACCGCCCCCCCCCCCCCCCCCCCCCCCCCUUUCUCCUCCCUCCCACUGCUGCACGGUGUCGGGUGUGAGUAGUCAGCCGCCCACCACCUCCUCGUGA